AUGGGCGCCUCCACUCCUCGCCACCAUUCUAGCUCCCUCACGCUUCCGCGCCUCGUCAAGAAGAUCCUCACCUUGUCGCUCUACGCCCUUGUCCCCCUCGGCCUCCUCCACUACCUCCUUCGCCCUACUCCGGUCGCCAUUGCUGCCUCAGGGGCGCCGGCAAGAAAGCAGCCGGUGUCAGAGGCGUCUCCGGCGCCGCGAUGCGACUACUCCGAGGGGGAAUGGGUGCGGAACGCGGCGGGGCCGCGGUACAACGGGACGAGCUGCGGCGCGACGAUCAAGGACGGGCAGAACUGCAUGGCGCACGGGCGGCCGGACACGGGGUACCUGCACUGGCGGUGGCAGCCGCGCGGGUGCACGCUCCCGCCGUUCGCGCCCGCGGAGUUCCUGGAGCAGGUGCGCGGCCGGCACGUCGCCUUCGUCGGCGACUCGCUGGCCCGUAACCAGUGCGAGUCCCUCGUGUGCCUCCUCGGCUCGGAGUUCCCCGCGGAGCUGGUCCUCGACGGCGGCGAGGAGCGCAAGUUCCGGCGCUGGGCGUUCCCGUCGCACGACGCGACGGUGUCGGUGUUCUGGUCGCCGUUCCUGGUGAACGGCACGGAGAAGUCGUCGGCGCCGGGCGGGCUCGGCCACAACAGGCUGUACUUCGACCAGCCCGACGAGCGGUGGGCGGCGGAGGUGCCCGGCAUCGACGUGAUGGUGCUCUCCUUCGGGCAGUGGUUCAUGCACCCGGCCAUGUACUACGACCGCGGCGAGGUGAUCGGGUGCCACCACUGCCCGGAGCCCAACCGCACGGAGACGAGCUUCUUCGGCGUGUUCCGCCUCGCCGUCAAGAACGCCCUCCGCGAGGUCAUCGCCCGCGCUGCCGGCGCCGGGAGGGAGAAGCUGGCGGUGGUGACGACGUUCUCGCCGGGGCACUUCGUCGGGGACUGGGACAGCCCGGACGCGUGCGCGCGCACGGAGCCGUACGCGCCGGGGGAGAAGGAGCUGCCGUACAUGGAGAGGGAGAUGUCGCGGGCGGAGGCGGAGGAGGUCGCCGCGGCUGCCGACGAGGCCAGGGCGCGCGGGUCGGGGGUGACGGUGGAGGCGCUGGAGGUGACGAGGCUGGCGGACAUGCGCGCGGACGGGCACCCGGGGCCGUACAUGCACGCCUUCCCGUUCGGCGACGGCGGCGGCGAGAAGAAGACGGAGCGUGUGCCGAACGACUGCGUGCACUGGUGCCUCCCGGGACCCAUCGACACCUGGAACGAGAUCCUGCUGCAGAUGGUCAAGCGGUGGAGAGCUUCUUCCUCCCCCAGAUGA